AUGCUCGCUAACAUUGAAAAAACAGUUCAUGAAGAGGACCAUCUUUCGUCAUCCCUUGUUGUUGCUGCUGGCCACUCGGAGUCAACAACACCUUUGACCACCACCACCACUACCUCUACGUUCGAUGAAGAACAAGACGAAACAUCAUCCAUUCCUCCGAAUGACCAACGAAAAGGCCACAAAGGAGUCUUUAUCGAAAUUGGAGAACGUAUGAAAAACUAUGAAAAGAAUCAAGGCCCAUUUCUUUCACUCGAUAAGCCUUUCAUGGCCCGAUUGGAUGGACACAAAUUCAGUUCCUUUUCUUAUCCCUUCCGAAAACCCUAUGAUGAUUUAUUGCAUGCCGUGAUGGUUCAAACUGCUGCAGAUCUCUUGGAAGAAUUUACAGAGGCCACCUGUGCCUACACACAAUCGGAUGAGAUUACACUGACCUUUCCUAAUGAAGUUCAAGUAGUAGGUGUUGUUGCUGGAUCCGCGGAUCAUGAUCUUAUUCAAGACGACAAGGACAACCAAUAUGAAAAGUCUUCCGAGAUGUUGUUGAAGAAUAGAAUUCAACCACAACAGCAACAACCACGACCCAAAUCCAUUGCAUUUGGAGGAAAGGUCACCAAAUGGUCAACUCUUUUGGCAAGUUAUUGCUCAGUCCGAUUUAAUUUCAAUUGUCAACAAUUAGUUCCAUUGUGGCCAACUAAGGAAGAAUAUGUCGAGAAACAAUGUCCUGCCAAUCAAACUCGAAAAUCCUAUUCUCCAGAGGCUGUUCAAAACAUGUUGAAAAGAGGAAAGGCCUAUUUCGAUGCUCGAUUAUUUCAAGUUGAUUCAACACAAGAAUUUGUGAAUAACAUCAGGUGGAGAUCGAAUUAUGAUUGUGAGAGAAAUUCACGAACCAAUUUGGGUGCAUGUUUUUUCAGCACUAAGGAAAUGAAUGGACUUCGUGCCAGCCAAGUCGUUGAAAAAUUGAAAACUGAAAAACAAAUCGACUGGAAUUCGUAUCCCAUGGGUUUCAAAUAUGGAACGUUUAUCAAGAAAUCGAAAUAUGAGAAAACAGUGCAUGUGGAGAAAACAAACCAAACCAUGACUUGUACAAGAACGAAAAUGGAUGCUUAUUCCUUCAAGUUGGACUCUUUUGAUCCCAAGUAUAUUCAACUCUUUACUUUGAAAACUUGGAAUGAAGUGUUCGAGGCAGGAAUUUUGAAUAAGGAAAAUCUCGAACAGGAACCUCUCUUUCGUGAUCUUCUCUCAGACUCUAUGAAAUGA